CAUCUCUACUCCCUAGGAUUAGAGAUUUGGCCAUUCGGAAGUUUGUUCUUCGAGAUCAGAAAACCUGCUGUGGGAAUGUUCGGGGCUGGAACACAACAGACCGGAAAAGUGCGCGCGCUAACAUUCUGCGUGCCGACGUGCCCCGCGCCCGGAUCCCCGCAACCCUGUCGCUCCUCUCUGGCGCGAUCCUCCCGCUCCCUCCUCCAGGUACCCGCCCCGAUCCCGUUCUCCGAUUGGCCUAACCCGGCUGCCGGCCCGCCCGGGAUUUAAAGGGCCAGCUCCGCCUAGCCCGCCUGGGAGCCGCUGCUGGUCCCGGCCUUGAGGCCUGCGGGGGAGGCUGCCGGGAGGAGGUGGCUACAGUGGCAGCGGCGGCGCGUCCCGGCCCCCAGGACCAAGGCUUCCUUCCUGCCAGAUCUGUCCAUCUGUCCACCCAUUUGUGGGGGUCCACAAUGGCCACCUUCAGCCGCCAGGAAUUUUUCCAGCAGCUACUGCAGGGCUGUCUCCUGCCUACCAUCCAGCAGGGACUUGACCAGAUCUGGCUGCUCCUUGCCAUCUGCCUCGCCUGUCGCCUCCUCUGGAGGCUGGGAUUGCCAUCCUACCUGAAGCAUGCAAGCACCGUGGCAGGUGGCUUCUUCAGCCUCUACCACUUCUUCCAGCUGCACAUGGUCUGGGUCGUGCUGCUGAGCCUCCUGUGCUACCUCGUGCUCUUCCUCUGCCGACACUCGUCCCAUCGUGGCGUCUUCCUCUCUGUCACCAUCCUCAUCUACCUGCUCAUGGGUGAGAUGCACAUGGUGGACACCGUAACAUGGCACAAGAUGCGAGGGGCCCAGAUGAUUGUGGCCAUGAAGGCGGUGUCUCUGGGCUUCGACCUGGACCGAGGCGAGGUGGGUGUUGUGCCCUCACCUGUGGAAUUCAUGGGCUACCUCUACUUCGUGGGCACCAUCGUCUUUGGGCCCUGGAUACCCUUCGACAGCUACCUACAGGCUGUCCAAGGCCGCCCACUGAGCCGCCGAUGGCUACAGAAGGUGGCCCGGAGCCUGGCACUGGCCCUGUUGUGCCUUGUAUUGUCCACUUGUGUGGGCCCUUACCUCUUCCCCUACUUCAUCCCCCUUGAUGGUGACCGCCUCCUUCGCAACAAGAAACGCAAAGCCAGGGGCACCAUAGUAAGGUGGCUGAGAGCCUACGAGAGUGCAGUCUCCUUCCACUUCAGCAACUAUUUUGUGGGCUUUCUGUCUGAGGCCACAGCCACGCUGGCAGGGACCGGCUUCACCGAGGAGAAGGAUCACCUGGAAUGGGACUUAACAGUGUCCAGGCCACUGAAUGUGGAGCUCCCCCGGUCAAUGGUGGAAGUUGUCACAAGCUGGAACCUGCCUAUGUCUUAUUGGCUAAAUAACUAUGUUUUCAAGAAUGCUCUCCGCCUGGGCACCUUCUCAGCCAUACUGGUCACCUAUGCGGCCAGCGCCCUCCUGCACGGCUUCAGCUUCCACUUGGCUGCGGUACUGCUGUCCUUGGCGUUUAUCACUUAUGUGGAGCAUGUCCUCCGGAAGCGCCUGGCUCAGAUCCUCAGUGCCUGCGUCUUGUCAAAGCCAUGUCGACCAGACUGUCCACACCGGCAUCGCUUGGCAUUUAUUGAACACCUGCUGUAUGUACACGUGGCACAUGUGCCCUCAGUGAACACUCACUGAGCACCUGCUGGUUUUAGGUUGCUGGAGAUACAGUGGUGAACAAAACAGGCCAAAGUCUGGCCCAACGGGACAAACAUUUUAACAGAGGAGAGAAUAAAGUGAAAAUUAAGUUAAUGAAAUCUAAUAUUAGUCAGGUUGUGAAUAGUGCUAAAUAUAGGGCAAGGGAGUGGGAAGUGUGAGAGGGUUCCCUUUUAAAUAAGGUCAGGGACACUUCCAAGGUAAGGGGACUUUAGGGAAGGAGGUGAGGGAGAGAAGCAUCCCAGGCUGAAGAGACCCCCAUGUGGAGGAAAAUGGGAGCAUGCCUGCAGUCUGAGGAACCAUGAGAGGCCAGUGUGGCUGGAGCAGAGUAACGCAGGGGAGAUGUGGGCCCUCCAGGUCAUAGCGGGGACUUGUUUUUGUUUUGUUGUUGUUACUCUGUUUGGCCUAAGAAAUACCGACAACGUCACAUAGUUUGUGUCCAUGUGGGACCAGUGUUCAUCACCUUAAAACCCUUGCUCAAAGCCCCACCAUUCUUGCUCCUCCACUUGAACACUUGCAUCUCUUCCAACCCGGACGUCCUCAUGGUUCACAACACCCUCGCCCUCUGAGCUCCCUUAAGAGGCUCCCUGAACCAUCUCUUUCCCGUCUCACCUGGGCAUCCCUAUUCCUGGGACCCACAGUGCCUUGCGAAUCCUGCUGGGUUUCCCUGUGCAGGCGGCGGUGGGGACAGUGAGUAGGUACAGCUACCAAGCAUGUCCAUCUGUCCC